AUUAACUGCGAAGCUAUUGUUAAUGGCGGUACGCUGUUUUCAGCACAUUUGAUAUUGUAACUGGAAACUAUUACUUCGAAAAAUAUUGUAAAACAAAGAGAAAAUUCACUUUACAUUGUUGAUUAAUAAACAUGACUUCUCGUUAUGAUCGUGCAAUCACUGUCUUUUCGCCUGAUGGACACUUAUUUCAGGUUGAUUAUGCACAUGAAGCGGUGAAAAAGGGUUCCACGGCGGUUGGUGUCACAGGAAAGAACAUAGUUGUGCUUGGUGUUGAAAAAAAAGCUGUCGCUAAACUACAAGAGGAGAGAACCCUUAGGAAAAUAGCACUACUUGAUGAACAUGUUGCUAUGGCAUUUGCAGGUUUGACAGCUGAUGCUAGGAUAUUAAUAAACCGUGCCCGAGUGGAAUGCCAAAGCCAUCGUUUGACUGUUGAAGAUCCUGUUACUGUAGAAUAUAUUACAAGGUUUAUAGCUCAGCUCAAACAGAAAUAUACUCAGAGUAAUGGCCGUCGUCCAUUUGGCUUGUCUGCUCUAAUUGUUGGAUUUGAUUAUGAUGGCACACCCCGUCUCUAUCAGACUGAUCCUUCAGGAACAUAUCAUGAAUGGAAAGCUAAUGCCAUCGGCAGAAGUGCAAAGACGGUACGAGAAUAUCUAAAGAAAGGAUACACUGAUGAGUUGGCCGAAAAAGAUGAAGAAUGUAUAAAAUUAGCUCUUCGUGCUUUACUAGAAGUUGUCCAGUCAGGUGGAAAGAAUGUAGAAUUGGCUGUAAUGCGAAGAGACAGUCUACUUAUGAUGAUGGAGUCAUCAGAGAUAGAAAGAUACAUUGCAGAAAUUGAGAAAGAGAAAGAAGAGGAAGCUGAAAAGAAGAAACAAAAAAAAUAGUUCAACUCACAUCACCACAUCAAGCUUUUCAUCUCCUUUGAUCCUUCUUAGUUUCUCUAUCAUUGCUGAAUAACAUUUUUUUCUUGUUUAUAAAAUUAUACAGUUUAACAAAUGA